CAAGCAUCGCCGCGGAAGCGAAACAGCGUGCCAUCCCAUUCGCCGAUUCGCCAGUCGUUGUCGUCGUCUUUGUUCGGCGAUCGGCGACGCGGGGGAAGGAGGAACCGAAUCAAGGAGGAGCUUGCGCGGGGAGAGUAGAGGAGGGACAGAUGGCGGAGAACCCGCAGCUGUUCGGGAACGGGAUGCCGGUGCCGUUCUACGCCGAGCUGUUCGUCCUCGCCCGAGACGGCGUCGAGUUCCACGUCGACAAGAUCCCAUCAGCUCCUGGCGGUCAUGUGAAAACAAAAGGUACAAUUUACCUGUCUAAUAUAAGGAUGGUGUUCGUUGCCAACAAGCCUGUUGGUAACUUCUUUGCUUUUGAUAUGCCCCUGUUGUUUGUGCACGGUGAGAAGUUCAAUCAGCCCAUAUUUCACUGCAACAACAUCUCUGGAUUCGUUGAACCAGUUGUUCCAGACAACCAGAACAGGGCCCUGUACUCAACUCACACCUUCAAGAUCUUGUUCAAGGAAGGCGGCUGCGGUACGUUUGUUCCUCUCUUCUUGAACCUGAUUGCAUCUGUGCGGCGCUACAAUCAGUUUGAAGCCCAGACCGCUGCUAAUGUGGCACCACGUGUGGAUCCUCUGCAAGCUGCACAGACUCCUGUUGAUGAUAUGAUGCGCCAUGCGUACGUUGAUCCAAAUGAUCCUUCCAAGAUUUUCCUUCAGCAGCCUGCACCGGAAUCCCACCUGAGGAGGAGAAAUUACCAUGGCCCAGCUGAUAACGCGUACUAGUGUUUGCCCGGAAUUGUCAUACUUAACGUGGGAUAUAUAUUGUGUGCAUUUGAGCAUAUCGCUUAUCCAGCAUUCCAGAGUUAGUCACAACUGAUUUAUGUUCUGGUGUGCUGUCUUCUGACUUCAUAUCGUACAUAACGUGCGAGUUGUUGUCUCAAUAAAUGAUGUACAUACGCGGUGUCCUGUGGAAAUCUAAUGCAGAAUAUAGUUGCUUUGUUUAUGGGGCGACCAUGCUCCAUACCAUUA